UCAGUGCCCGGUGUCCUCUGUAGACUACAACAAACACAACAGGAGUGACUGAGAGAAAAGCGCACAGGGCACAAACCCAUUUCCACGCGUUCGUCCUCCACGCUUCAGUGUCAGCAUCUCUCCGAGCUCCAGCCAGAAAAAACACACCAACCCCUCCUCCUCCUCCUCUUCCGCCGCUCCAGCAUGUCUCUGUCCGGCUCGCAGACACCAGAGGAGGGACUGUACGGCUCAUGGGUGGAGCUGGAGGAGCUGAUCGCAGCCGUGGGCCGCAGGGACAGUGUGCCAGGGCCGCAGGACAGCGUCUCCUCCGCCCUGCAGGGGGAGCUGGAGAGGAUCCUUCUGGAGGCACAGCUGGAGUGUGAGAGGAGUAGAGACAGCCCUCCACAGGUGGGUUCUCCACGGUCCACUGGUUCCCCCAGACCGUCCAGUGAACAGGACAGUGACUGCAUCACCAUACAGGAGGAAGCGGAGCGACGGGUGGACACCGACUGGGUUUGGGAUUGGUCCAGCAGACCUGAAAAUAUGCCACCAAACAGGGAGUUUGUGUUUCAGCACCCAAAGCAGCAGGGCUCCCUCAGUGUUCGGAAGACGGAGGUGAUGAAGAGGGGGAUCUUCUCGUCCGAUGUUCUCCUCAUCCUCGUUCCGUCGCUGCUGGCGUCACACCUGCUCACACUCGGAGUAGGGAUCUACAUAGGAAAGCGUUUGGCUGCUUCCACCACUAGUACACUGUGACCAGGGCUUCAGGGCCACGGCCCCAUACACUACAGAUCUGUCCAAUAAGGCGACAGUCGACCCUCUGUACUGCACUAAUCCACCUCCUUCUCUUCUUGGUCAAGAGGAAACCAUAGGACCCUGCCCGUCUGUACCUCUGUCUCUGUAUUCGUCCGUCCGUCUGUCUACCCAGCAGCGCUCUGCCAGUCUGUCUCUGUGUCAGCCUCUCUGUCAGUCGGUGCACGUCGUAGGGCCCGGGGAGGGACGGAUGCCAACCACUGAGUCAGACUGAGGUCACUUUUACUCUUCCACAGAGUAGCACUGAUCUCAACCAGCGAAAGCAUAAUCAGAAAGGGAGAAGAGAUCGCCGAGAUGCAAGGGAAAGAGAAAAAAGUUUUACUCAGCUAGAAGAAUAAUCCCCUCGGUAGGAGGAGAUGAAGAUGGUUAGCUGGAAACUGGAGCAUUCGGAUGAAACGAGGAAGAUGAUAUGUGGUAGCCUUUCGCCCAACCUUACAGAAGAAAAACAUCUGUCAUUUGUCAAAAGUAAUGACCUCGUGUAAGACUGAGCUCCUAAAAGCAGCUCCUUGAGUCUUCCUGCCCUGAUGGUGUAUCGAACUUAGACAGAUUCUGCCAGCUGAGCGAACAUACGAGCGGCUCUGGUUGUGCUUUUUGUCCCAAAAACCAAUUAAAUAUUUGACCUCCGGCAAAGACAAUCACGAUCCCAUUAAACUUCACUCCUCAAAACCUUAA